UAAUGAAAUAAAACACUCAUAUAAAGAGAAGUGGAACUAUAGUCUAUAGAGUCAUCAUACAUGCAUAUCUCUCUUUCUCUCUCCCUCUCUCAGAAUAGAUAGAUAGAUAGUAUGAAAGAAAAAAUGGUUUGUUCCUAGAAGUUGAUAAGGUAUAUAAGCUAUCCAUUUUACACAAAUCUCUGCAUCACCUUCCAAUUCAAGAAGUUCUAGUUUUCCUUUUAGUAUGAUAUAUCAAAUCUCUCUUUUGCUUUUAAUACAUUAAACUCUGUGUCCACUCCGAGGAUUUGCUUCAUAUCCUUCUUUCCUUGAAGAACAUCAUGACGGUCAUCAGAUUAUGAAUAGCGUUUUCUUAAUACUAUUGGAGGGUUAUUAAAACCAGCCUGUUGGGUCAUGUCUUGCAAUGGGAUGGCUUUUUUCCCUGCAAAUUUCAUGCUCCCAACUCCUCACGAGGACGAUCAUCAUCACCCCCCCACUUCUAUCAAUCAAAUGCUUCCUUCAUGCACGCCCCAAGACUUCCAUGGUGUCGCAUCAUUUCUAGGGAAGAGAUCAAUGUCAUUUUCAGGGAUAGAUGUAUGUGAAGAAGCAAAUGGGGAGGAUGAUUUAUCAGAUGAUGGUUCACAGGCAGGAGAAAAGAAAAGGAGGCUUAACAUGGAACAGGUAAAGACUCUAGAGAAGAACUUUGAGUUGGGUAACAAGCUUGAACCUGAGAGAAAAAUGCAGCUGGCUAGAGCCCUUGGUUUGCAACCAAGGCAGAUUGCUAUUUGGUUUCAAAACAGAAGAGCUAGGUGGAAAACCAAGCAACUAGAGAAAGACUAUGAUCUCCUUAAGAGACAGUACGAAGCAAUCAAAGCAGAUAAUGAUGCACUUCAAGCUCAGAACCAAAGGCUUCACGCAGAGAUAAUGGCGCUGAAAAACAGAGAACCAACUGAAUCUAUCAACCUCAAUAAAGAAACUGAAGGAUCUUGUAGUAACAGAAGUGAAAACAGCUCAGAUGUCAAGUUGGAUAUCUCAAGAACACCAGCAAUUGACAGCCCGUUACCUACUCAUCCAACAAGCAGAACCUUUUUCCCAACAUCCAUUAGGCCACCAAGUGGUGGGUUUGCACAACUAUUCCAAGCCGCAUCAUCAAGGACUGAUAAUCACCUUCAAUGCCAAAAGGUGGAUCAAAUGGUUAAAGAAGAAAGCCUCAGCAACAUGUUCUGCACCAUUGAGGAUCAAACGGGGUUUUGGCCAUGGCUUGAGCAACAACAUUUCAAUUGAUAAUUUGAAACUCAUCGAUCAAGGUGUCAAAUUUGGAAUAGUCCCUCAUUUCCGCAAGUUACAAAAAAGUUUCAGAUCAAGAGGGUAACUAAUCAUCAUAUCAAGAAUUUAAUUAUAUAUUAUAUCAAUGUUUUGGUACCUAGAGAGAGUGGUGUAUAAAGUAGAAUUAUAUCAUCAUCAAGUGAAAACUUUUCAUCAGGAGGGGCUGAAGAGAUGAUUAUGGAGCAAUAAAAAUGUGUCUUUGGGUUAUAUAUAUCAGUUUUCCUAGGCUUAGAGAGAGAGAUGUUUGCUAGGCUUGAUCACGCGAGAAGAAUUUCCAAGCAAUUUGCUAGUGAUGACUAGUUGGUUUGCUCUAGCUAGCAUGGACGAUGAAAAAAAUAAAAAGGGGAUUCUCUUGCUACAUAUAUUUUAUUAUUCUUUUUUUUACUUGCUUUGGAAUCAUGUGUUUUGUACUGUUGAAGAAAAACAAAAAAAGCUUGAGAGUUGCAUUUAAGAGAGUCCAUUGUCAUGAUUUUUUUGCUGAUUUCAUCAUUCAGUACAAAACGGUUAACGCCAAUGGUGAACAAAAUCUACAGGAAGUGGUUAAACUAUUCUAACCUUUUUUCUU